GAAAGCGGCAAAUACAACUUCACUUGUGGGAGUUGUCUUCGAUACAGUGUGAAAACAAAAUGGGACAUUUCAAGCACAGAUGUUUGAUAAACCGCUAUUUUGUCAUUGACACACAUGGCGUUCUACUUACGACCAACGACUGGCCAUGUUUCACUGCAGAAACUGCAUACGUUUGCUGUGAAUCGAUUGGAGUUCUUACUAAAAAUUCACCAGGCAGGAGGAGAUCGCCUUCGACUUGUUGAUAUCGCUAACAACCUUCAGACAGUAGCCGACUCCGACUGUUUGAUAGAGGGAACACAGAAGGAUAAUAUUUCACAUUUUAUAUUAAGACUUCUAUUUGUUGCUGAUCAAGAAACCACAGAUUUUUUCUUGCAAGCAGAAACUCAGCUGUUCCAGUUUCGAUUUUCCUGUCUUACAGAAAAAGAAAUUUACAGGCUUUUAAAAUCGACAACAAAACAUGUCCAAACCACUGAAAAACCAUGUGCAGCAACAUACAAUGAAGCAGACAUCCAUCAUGUUGUAAGUAUUCUCCAGGCGAUCAAACAGUCGGCAGGAACAUGGCAGAAUGCUGCCAACCAGUACAUGACCGGGAGGAAUGUUCAGUACUUUCAGGUGCCCUUCCAAGCCGUUACCUCCCUUGUUACCAACAGAAAUGUUGUGUUGCACAGGGGAAUGGCAAUGGUGCAUUAUGACAACCUCGAUGAAGUGUUGACUGGAGUGUUCAGGUCAGUAUUACAACUAACCUUGAAACAAGCAAGCAAGGCAAGAAGAGCUGCACUGCAGGAUGUCAGGAUGAAGAGAUGUGCAAAGAUGUUGAAGUCUAUUUACAGAGCAAAAGUUCCCAUUUCACUGAACUGGAACAAUCUGUCCUGUUUGUCACAUGAUCAAGUGGACCAGUCGGAGUACAUGUUUCCUCUCUGUAUGUCCAGCCUUCACAAAGCACUGCGAACAAACCACCGACUCAAACACAAUGACAGGGUCCAGUACAGCCUGUUCCUGAAGGAGGUGGGGAUGCCUGUGCACCAGGCCAUCAAGUUGUGGAAGCAGGAGUACUCACAGCCAAGUCAUGUCCCCGGGACGGGUCUCCACAGCUGGCAGGCUGAUGAGUGCAGAUAUACAUACAGCAUCAGACACCUGUACGGCCUGGAGGGUGCUCGUCGCAACUACCGCGGACACUGCUGUGCUUCACUUCAGAGACGCCAACUUGGUCCAGCAGAGCAAGGAGGAUGCCCAUUGGUGCAUUUUGACAACCAUCACCUUGGUAACCUCCUGACCAAUGCUGGCAUUCUGGAGGCAGACCAAGCAGUGAUUCUACACCUGAAAUCCUCUGAUGAUCCAUGUGGAGCCUGUGCUGUGUAUCUCAGGCACCGGGCUGAGGCCUACUUGGACCAGCAGGGUAUUGCUGGAAGGAGAGACAGGCAGAUGCAAGGAUGUCAACCUCCUGCCCAUCAGAUACUAAACAGACACAGGGAAUAUCAUGUUGGUGACUGUGGACACUUGCAGAAGACAUCGGGAAAUGAAGGUUUGUACAGAAUAAAGGUGCCUGGACAGGAUGGUGACAUGUGUGAUGACAGCGAGGUAGAGGGACAGGAUGGUGUCGUGUGUGACGAUAUCGAGACAGAUGGGGAGGAUGGUGAGGUCAUACUGGUCAGUGUUCAUACAAAACACAGAGGUGCGAAGAGAAGUCUGUCCAUCCGAUCAGAGCGUGUCAAGAAGCAAGUGUUGUGGUAUGAGAGAGGGAAGCUGGCCGUGCAGGGCGACAGAGCUGUGAUGGAGACUAGCGUUGUAUGUGUCACAAGCAGUGAUGAUGUUGCUGAGAGUGUCACAGAUGGGGCUCAGUCAGGGUCAGACAGUUGGGUGUUGUGCCAAAAGAAAUUAAGCCGUGAAGAACAAGUUAAAAACUUGAGGCAGACAACCCAAUCAGAGACAAGCUUUCAUAACUCUCUCGUGACCAUUUCAACAACCCCCACCACCAGUAGGCCAUCAGUGCCACUGGAACAUGAACAUGGUUUUGAACAUAAGCUGUUACAAGAUCAUGUCUGUAGUGCUGACACACCUGUAACUGUAGCAGGAGACAUCAUGAAUUGUGGUAGCUGUGCGCCGUCUGCUGCAAACCCUCCUGUGCCACCCAUUACAGUGGCUGGUGUAGACACUGUGAGCUGUUUUCAGCAUGAUGUUUGUCCGUCACAGACUGGGAGUAACACUCAGCUGGGGAGACUGGAUAGAGCUAGAGUGAGAUUGCAGCAUCUCAGUGACUUUCAUAUUCACAAACCUGUGGACUUUUACACUUGUUUUAAGGAGCUGGUAGAAGGGUUGAAAUCCAGGGUCAAAGAAUGUCAGUAAUCAUGUUUAACAUCAGUAAUAUGGAUAAUGUUACAUUUUAGUGGCAGGAACGAACAAUUUAAUGUUUGAAAAGCAGGAAUAAUGAACAUGGUCAAUGAAAUGAAUUGAUUUUCCGUGUUAGGCCACAACAAAAUAAAUAGUUGUUCAUUGGAAACAAUAUUUCUAAGGCCAAAAUUACAGAAUGAUUACCAAAAACUCCCUUCCAGAGGACUUAAGAAUAAGAAAUAGCUAUCUCUAUCUCUAUACUGAACUGUUUUGACGUGAACAUAUGUGGUCCUUAAAAUAGUAUUUAAGCAAAAACUUGUCUGUCCAUUGACAAAAGAAUCAAUGAAUUAAGUUUUCAAUUUGUAAUCAUAAUUUUGUUUUAAAAUGUUUAUUUCUUGUAAUAUGAACCUUUUACCUUGUUUUAACAUGUUAAGGAACAACAUACUUAUUUUAAAACUUCAUAUGAUGCUUUUUGAAGUACCAAAUACUGAAAAAUGAAAUUAAAUGGAAACCUUAAAGUGUUCAAACAUUGUUUCUCAACGAGUGUUUUAGACCAUGUUCUUGUUAGAAGUAAACUCCCAUGACCUUGUUAGGUCAGUGUAUACAAUAUGAAUAUGUGGUAUUAGCAUACCUCGUUGUGCACAUCAGACUAUGUAUUAAUUGUCUACAAUGAGUGUAGAACAUAUAGGCCAUGCCUUAUGUUGGAGCAGGCUUUGGGGUUUGUACAAAGGGUAGGUUUACCUAUAUUUUGUGGAAAAAAAAGAAUUAAAUAACAGACAUGUA